AGCAUUGUGGGAUUGAAUGAGUCUCAAGAUGGACAACCGGGAUGUUGCAGGAAAGGCUAACCGGUGGUUUGGAGUGGCCCCCCCCAAGUCUGGAAAAAUGAACAUGAACAUCCUUCAUCAGGAAGAGCUCAUCGCUCAGAAGAAACGGGAAAUAGAAGCCAAGAUGGAACAGAGAGCUAAGCAGAACCAGGUGGCCAGCUUGCACCCGGGAGAAAUUGCAAAUGUGCACGACUCUUCCUCCAUUUCCAACAAGUUUGCCAACGACGGCAGCUUCCUGCAGCAGUUUCUGAAGUUGCAGAAGGCGCAGACCAGCACAGAUGCACCCCCUACUUCCGCCAGUGCCCCCCUGAGCACACCUAUCUCCAGUACUGUGAGGAGGCCCCUCCUGAUCAGCAAGCGGGUAGGCCUGGGACUGGGAGGCCCACCGGGCCCGGGGAAGACAUACUCACACGCCAAGCAGCUCCCUGUGGCCACCCGGCCGAGUGUUUUCCAGUCACCAGAUGACGACGAUGAGGAGGACUAUGAGCAAUGGCUGGAGAUCAAAGUUUCACCCCCAGAGGGAGUCGAGACUCGGAAAGUGAUAGAGAAACUGGCCCGCUUUGUGGCAGAAGGUGGCCCUGAGCUAGAGAAGGUGGCCAUGGAGGACUACAAGGACAACCCCGCCUUCUCGUUUUUGCAUGAUAAGAACAGCAGGGAGUUCCUCUACUAUAGAAAGAAGGUGGCCGAGAUGAGGAAGGAGACACAGAAGAUGCAGGCGGCCCCACAGAAAGUUUCACCCCCAGAGGAUGAAGAGGCCAAGAACCUUGCAGAAAAGUUGGCCAGGUUCAUAGCGGAUGGGGGUCCGGAGGUGGAGACCAUCGCCCUCCAGAACAACCGCGAGAACCAGGCUUUCAGCUUUCUGUAUGAACCCAACAGCAAAGGGUACAAGUACUACCGCCAGAAGCUAGAGGAGUUCCGGAAAGCCAAGGCUGGCCCCACGGGCACCCCCACAGCCCCUGACCCUGGCCUGAAGCGCCAGUGCCCCCCUGAGGCCCUGUCAGAGUCCGUGCCCCCCACUGCUGCCUGCCCCGCCUCAUCUGCUGCCGUCGUGCUCUCCGCCACCCCCACACCCACCACUGCCAUGGCCGCUGCACCCGGGAAGCCGGCUGCCACGACCACUGCAAAGAGGAAGCGGAAGAGCCGGUGGGGACCCGAAGAGGACAAAGUGGAGCUCCCGCCUGCCGAGCUGGUGCAGAAGGACGUGGAUGCCGCCCCCUCCCCGCUGUCAGUUCAGGACCUCAAGGGGCUUGGCUACGAGAAGGGGAAGCCUGUGGGCCUGGUGGGCGUCACAGAGCUGUCAGAUGCACAGAAGAAGCAGCUGAAGGAGCAGCAGGAGAUGCAGCAGAUGUAUGACAUGAUCAUGCAGCACAAGCGCGCCAUGCAGGACAUGCAGCUGCUGUGGGAGAAGGCGUUGCAGCAGCACCAGCAUGGCUACGACAGCGACGAGGAGGUAGACAGCGAGCUGGGCACCUGGGAGCACCAGCUGCGGCGCAUGGAGAUGGACAAGACUCGGGAGUGGGCCGAGCAGCUAACCAAGAUGGGUCGGGGAAAGCACUUCAUUGGAGACUUUCUGCCUCCGGACGAACUGGAGAAGUUCAUGGAGACCUUCAAGGCCCUGAAGGAGGGCCGCGAGCCCGACUACUCAGAGUACAAGGAGUUCAAGCUGACGGUGGAGAACAUUGGGUACCAGAUGCUGAUGAAGAUGGGCUGGAAGGAGGGCGAAGGCCUAGGUUCCGAGGGCCAGGGCAUCAAGAACCCCGUGAGCAAGGGGACCACCGCCGUGGAUGGCGCUGGCUUUGGCAUCGACCGGCCGGCUGAGCUUUCUAAAGAGGAUGAUGAGUACGAGGCCUUCCGCAAGAGGAUGAUGCUGGCCUACCGGUUCCGGCCCAACCCCCUGAACAACCCUCGACGGCCUUAUUACUGAGUAUUCACCAGUAUUCACACUACUUCCUGAAGGACUGUCCUGGACCCUGGAAUGUUCCAGCCUGCGUGUCUGCCCGCCCGCCUGUUGUUUCGAGUAUCGUGCUGUGUAUUAAAACCCCAGUGCGUGCCUGCCGCGGAGCCAGGCCUGCCGUUCACCACAACCCUCUGUUCACCAUCCACAGGGCUGGGCUUGCCAUCCACUCAAACCUUUCUGUUCCUUGGCCAUGGCGGCCAGGCCUGCCAUUCACCAACCUCCUGUUCCUCAGCCUGUGGAACCUUCCACCACAGUCCUCCUAUUUUUUAGCUGUGGGGCCGGGGCCAGACUGGGGGCAAGCCAGAUGGGAUGUGUUUUGAAGACUUCCCAGCACCCUAGGCUUUCCAGGCAUGCCCAGCCUCAUGUCUGCCCGUGGGGUCUCCACUUCCUGCUCAGCCCUGGCGUCGCAUGGGGAGGACCCAGAGCUCCCUUUCUCUCCUGAAGAGAGGAGAUAGAGAAAGGCUGCUGUCAGCACAGUAAACUUGGGUCAGGCUGGGCUCUUUGGGACCUGGCCUUACCUGGGCCACACCUGGGCCAGGAGGAAGCUGGGAAGGCACCUGCGGGCAGGGCCCAGCCUUUUCUCAGAUCUGCAGGGUGGGCAGCCCUGGAUGUGGGAGCCCCCAGCGCACACCUCUUCCCACUGCCCCAUGUCGUUGGGCACCUCCCAGGGGACUUCAUUCCCCACACCUGGCCCAGGUACCUUCCUGCAGGGCUCCUUCCCUCUGGUAGCCUUGACCCCAUUGCUGUGGGUCUGUGCCCAGCAUGGGCCCCAGAGCAUUUAUUAAACUGUGGUGGACAAGCAAGUCACAGGCUCGUGCCUUUGGCAGGGGGUGUGUGAUGGGACGUGCUGUGUUAACAUGGACCAAAGUGAACAAGCAGAGCUUUGCCAAGGGUCACAGGGAAGAUGCCAUUCCACCGCAUGCA